AUGGGUCAUAUACCAGACGAUCCAGCUCCGUCAUACGAAGAGUCAGUGUCCUCCAGGCCGUUCAGCGGGACCGACAGCAAACAUGCGCCGGACUUUCAACCUGCAAUGCCUCUUGCUGCUCAACUUGCCAACACUCGGACUCGGCGCAUCAACGCGAUCCUUGAGACAUACGUUGAUCCGCUGCUCAUAUCACAAGGCGUGGCAGGGCUCUACAAGACAAUAUUCAUCCUUGUACCUUCUACGGUGUCCAGUCUCCAAGAUGCCGUCAGUAACGCCUACACUCAACCACCAGAGCCCCAGGUCGUCGGCUUCCCCGCCAACGAAGUGGUCAAACUCAUUCGAUUGAAAGGUGAAGAAUAUGCUAUGGAGUUUUGGCGGCAGCCAGCGGUCGUCGCAGAGCUGGAAUCCUCGAUGAAGGCAAGACUUGUGUCUUCGGGGCACAGACUGUUCGAGCCGAGCGACGUUCCGGCGGUGAACCCCGAGCCCUCUCCCAAGGUUCAGGAAACAAGGAAGGUUGGGUUUUGGGGGAAAAUAAGGGGAAGGGGGGUUAAUGACGACGAGAUAGAGGACCGAAAGCUUGGUUGGCGGGCCGAGGAGCCACAGGCUGAAGGCUCUCCGGGAAGGAUUCCUACCGGCCUGGUCAAGGUUUCUGUGCAAUGGAAAGAGAUUGCAUUGCGGAUUGCAAAUGACAUGGGCCUCUAUGAGAGUAAGCGGGGUCCUGCUUUGUGUAUCGUCGUUGAAGUAGGGACGUAG